AUCACGUGCGUGCACUUGCCUCCGAGCCUAACCAUGUCUUCUCACAAGACUUUCAGAAUCAAGCGAUUCCUGGCCAAGAAGCAAAAGCAGAAUCGUCCCAUUCCUCAGUGGAUUCGGAUGAAGACUGGUAAUAAAAUCAGGUACAACUCCAAGAGGAGACACUGGAGGAGGACCAAGCUAGGACUGUAAAGAAUUGAACAUGAGAUGCAGCAUAUUUCUCUCCCCGGAGUCACAAAAUGAUACAUU